CAAGGGAGGGAAAAAGGCGCAGAGCGGGACGCUCAACAUUCUGCCAGGUUUAGGCUGUUGGGACCGGAUUUUAGUGAUACCAACACUCUUAGACCUGCUAAAAAACGAGGAUCACCACCCAACACGUAAAUGUAAUCGGCUGUGUUUUCUACAUUUCCAGAGUCCAAGCCUGAACUAUAGAAAUGACCAUAAUUCUGCGAAUGCAAGGUCUGGAUGUUAAGGCGGGCACUGAAGAUAUACGGGCGUUUUUUGAAGAUCUUCAUGUACCGGAUGGAGGAGUAUACAUCGUGGGAGGAAAUCUCCGAGAGGCCUUUAUUGCUUUUAACACAGAAAGUGAUGCACAGCUUGCCAUGCGGCAUACUGGACAUUGUCUCAAAGGGUCAAAGGUAACGCUGUACAUAAGCAGCAUAGCAGAGCUGGAGCACAAAUUACAAUCAUUAUUAAAGAAGAAGGAAACUUCUCAGCUCACUGUCAGGAAGCCACAAUUGCAUUCAACUACAGAUCGCACACUAACUAUGCAGCCUCAUGAUGACACUACUGCAAACCUUUCAUCUUCUGCUGCAUGGCCACUUGAUCCUGAUUCUGCAAAUCUGCCUCCUUCAUAUGCACAGCAUGUUUGUCCCUAUUCCAUAGACGCGCCAGGUUCAAAUGCUCAAGCUCUGGAUUCCAGUACUGCCUUUUUACUUGGAGUUUGUACUGUCCUUCAGGGUCUCCAGUCAUCUUAUACAGCAGUGCCAAAAGGUGACUCUCCAAAUGAUGAUGGUCCACCAGUUUUACCUGUGGACCUGGAAUCAGAACAAGCCCUGGACUCAAAACCAGGCUAUGUGAGUCUCUUUGGUCUGCCAGCUUCAACUACAAAGGAGGACAUCUGCCAAUUUUUCAAAGGACUGACUGUACAGGAAGCCAUUGUAAAUGCCAAGUUGGGGCAUAGUCAUGGGUGCCUUGUGAAGUUUUCAAAAAUGCAUGAGGCAUCUGAUGCUCUUCGCUUCAACCAUCAGUUACUGGGCUCCAAAUGUGUUGAAGUGCGAGGAGCAGAUGACAGAAUGUGGACCAGUGCUCUGCAAGAACGAGAAAAUGCUUCGGAUGUAAGCCAGAAACUUGAGAAACACUCUAUUAAGCUAAGUGUAAACAAGAAGUCAUCUACUACACUGCAGCUUAAGAGGAAAGCUGCUGACCAGUCUCCAUUCAAACCAUCAAAAAUGAUCAAGUCUGACACUGACUCAAAUAAGUUAUCAGAAAGUAAGGGCUAUGUUGUCAUGGUGACAAAUUUACCUAAAAAUAUUACAAAGACUGAAUUAAAAGAAUUGUUUGGAUGUCCAAACAUUGCACACAAAGAUGUACUUCAUCUGCUUGACAUAUAUGGCAACACAACAGACACAUCUUUUUUUAUUUUUAGCCAUGCUGAAGAUUUUGAGUAUGCAAUGCAUCUCUCAGGCUGCCACGUGGGAUCCGGAACCAUUGAGGUGUCAUCGACAACUAAGGAGAAGAUGAGGGAAAUGAUGGCCAAAACCCACCCCAGGAAUCAAAACUCUCGUCCUAAAGAUCCAAGAAAACAAAGCCAAAAGGUACAACCAGAACUAAUCGAGACAGAGCUGCCUUCAAAAAUGACGCAGGACCAAUCAGCUAAGAUGUGCCUGUUUGUUAGAAACAUGCCUGCAUUUGUGCAGAAAUCUCAACUUAUGAGCCUGUUCGGCAAAUACAAGGUAAAGAUGAAUGACAUCAUAUUGCUUCGUGAUAUUGAUGGCAAUGGCAUUGGCGAAGCGGUAGUGAAGUUUGAAUCGGAAAACCUUGCCGCACAGGCUUGGAGGAUCCAUGGUAAAGACUUCCUGGGGAAAAAAGUGCUUAUUACCGGCAUGAAUGUGAAGCAGAUGGAGGACAUUGUGGCAAACAUGUGAGAAAGUUAAAUGUUGAAGCACAAGCUUACUCGUUUUGGACUAUGAAAACCAUUUUAUCCUAAAAUUUGCCUUGUUGCCUUUCUGGUUGCAAUAACCUUUUAUACACAUUAGAUUUAUAUCCAAAUUUGAGAGGUUGUUCUAACAUUUUCUCUUUAUGCAUUCUUAACCUAAAAUAAAUGUUGGAAACAUGAAGAAAAGGUGAAAUGAAUAAAUGAGUUUAAAACAUUUUCUACACAAGUUUUAAUUGAUCUGGGAAAAUUAAAAAAUAAAAAGCAUUUACUGAGGAACUACAACUUA